ACGAAACACAAUCUUCUUUAUAUUGCUAAAUCAUAAUAAUGACAACUAGCUAUGAUCCACCUUCUUGGGCUGGGAAACCACUGGGUGGUCUACAUCUUGACGUCCUGAAGGAUGGAAAGCUAAUUCAGAAGUUAAUGAUUGACGAUAAGAAAUGUUAUCUUUUCGGUCGGAACCCGCAGCUCAACGAUUUUUGUAUUGAUCAUGGUUCCUGUUCUCGAGUUCAUGCUGCUCUUAUCUGGCAUAAACAUCUGGAAAGAAGCUUUUUAGUGGACUUGGGCAGCACUCACGGAACUUUUAUCGGAAAUUUCCGAAUAGAAUCAAACAAACCUACUCAGCUUCCAGUAGAUUCUACAUUCAGGUUUGGAGAAUCAUCGAGAAGAUAUAUUAUAAGAGAAAGGCCAAAGAAUUUGCACCGGCCAAUUAUGGACGAGCUGGAAAAGACUGGAAGUGAGCUGGACGGCGGCGGUCUUCUUGGACUUCCGGAAACUGAAAAUGAGUUGGAUAACCUGACCGAGUACAAUACUGCACAGAAUAGGCGUAUCUCUAUGAUGGGUAUACCUAAAGACGACGGUUUGAACCGCCGGCGGAAGAUCCGAAUUACGUUUAAUGAGGAGGAGGAGGUGAUCAACCCCGAGGAUAUUGAUCCUAGCAUCGGCAGGUUCAGGAAUAUGGUCUUCACAACAGUUAUACCAACUAAACCAAGGAAAGCCCAGGAUCUAGGUUUAGGAUUAGAGGUGCAAGAUGAGUUCUCAGCUAAAAUCAAGGAAAGCAACCAACAUCCUCAAUCUGUACCAGGGUUGUAUGAUGAUCUUGAGACUGGAGCAUUUAGCCGUAGUUUAUCCUCUUCUCUGGGUCUACCCUUACCUAACCCUGCUCCAGAGAUAGAUAUUGGGAUCAAGAUUACAGGUUCUGUGGAUAUGCUACCACCUGGAGAAAAGCGUCCUCGUCCUGCCGAGGGCGGAGAAAAUCCCAAUGAACCCAAGAAGAAAAAAUACGCCAAAGAGGCGUGGCCAGGACGGAAACCUGGUCCGGCCCAGGGACUGUUCUAGGUUAGGUGUGUCUCAAUAAACAUGGCAGUUAAUGACGACUUGCUGAGCCUUUUUGUUGUGAACUUUUUUUUUUAUCAAUUCCCAAGAUGUAUGGCAUAUUUUGUACUGAAGGGUGAAUAAACUUGCCAAUUUGAUGUCCAAUUAUUUUCCUUACCGGAACCAUCCUAAAUCAUUCCUGUCAUUCUAAAUUUUGGGGUUUUACAUUAAAUUGCCACCCUUUUCUAAAAUGAUUAAAUUUUGAAUAAGAAUUCAAUUCAGGACUUGAGAGUGUGGACAAACUUAUGAGUUCCACCUCUUUUCAACGAGUCUUGUCAUUUAUAGAAUAUCAAAGAUCGAAGAGGAAAAUGUCGUCAUUUCAUUCUCAAGUAAAUUGAGACGCCCUGCCCUAUGUUUACUUUUUGUUAAAACUAAAGAACUUAAACUAUUUGACGAUAAAGCCGAAAACUUUUAGUUCCCCUGUUAUGAAAUAAUUUUCUUUUGUAUUUAGAGCGGAAUUGUGAAUGUAACGAAUUUAUCUCACAAUUUUUGUCUUGAAUCUUAAAUCCUGGAGAUUUGUCGAUAUUCGUCCCUUUAAGUUAUUCUCAGCUGUUUGUUUUCUAUGUUCUGUUUAAUAUUUUCAGA